AUGUCUUCUUCAGUUCAUUCCGCUAGAAAACUAGCAUUUAUCGGGGUGUCUUCUGCAAUUCUCACUAGUUUCUUAACGAUAUUUCUUCUUCCUGUUGUAUUUUGGAGAGUUGAGAAAAUCCGAUCUCAAUAUGAAAAUGAGUUUGCUAGCUGUCGGUUAGAUAUAGAAAACGUCAGAUGGAGUGUUAAAUAUGAAGGAAAACGAGAGAAGCGACAAGUCAAAAAGUUUAUGUCAGAUUUGGAUGAGUUCCAAAGCGGUUAUUCCUACAACGAUCCUGUCAACUUGUACCGCCCAUCUCCGCCUCCACCACCUCCUCCAGAGUCCCCAAAAUGCUGUAAAUGCUCACAAGGACCUGUUGGACCCAGAGGAGAUAAGGGAGCCGAUGGGAAGCAUGGCUCUGACGGGUUCCCUGGAAAACCUGGGCACCCCGGAAACGACGCUUUGGAACGAAUGAUAUCAGAUGGCUACGUAGAUUUUUGCUUCGAGUGUCCUCCUGGCCCCCCAGGAGUACCUGGAGAGAUUGGCGUCAAGGGAACACCGGGCCCGUUGGGACCACCAGGCAAUCAAGGAAAGAAAGGAAAAGGACUCCCGGGACCAGUUGGGCCUCCCGGUACCCCUGGAAAGCAUGGAGCAAUCGGAGCGCCUGGUCCGGAUGGAAAACCCGGACAAGUUCAUAUCAUGGAGGGUCCUCCUGGCCUACCUGGCAUUAGCGGUCCGGUAGGGAAACCAGGUUCCCCUGGACCGCCGGGAGCUACAGGAGCAGAUGGAAAAGUUGGAAUACCUGGUCCACGUGGGGAUCCAGGAGCAGUUGGGAAGAAUGGACAACCAGGGAAAGAGGGACCUCAAGGGGUUUAUGGACCAAAAGGAGUUGAUGGCACUUGUGAGCAUUGUCUGCCAGCGAGGACACCUCCGGGGUAUUGA